AUGGCUGUAGCUAAUAAAGUCGUUUCGACCGAUACGCCCCCUAUUGUCAAAGGAAAUGGGAAGGAUGCUUUGAUAGACGCGAUGGAGGAUAUUACCUUUGGCUCUAUUGCCGGCGUGGCAGGCAAAUACAUUGAGUAUCCCUUCGACACCGUCAAAGUCCGUCUGCAGUCCCAGCCAGAUCACCUUCCCCUUCGUUAUACUGGCCCGUUCGACUGCUUCAAGCAAUCGCUCCGUAGCGAUGGCAUAUUUGGACUAUACCGUGGUAUCAGCGCUCCGCUCGUUGGUGCGGCCCUUGAAACAAGCAGUUUGUUCUUCUGGGAGCGAGUAGGACGGGAGGCCCUCUUCAAAGCUGGAUUCUACCAACGGGACAAGCCCCUUCCUCUAUCAGCACUCUGGUUGACGGGCGCCAUAUCUGGAGCGUUCACCUCCUUGGUGCUCACCCCAGUCGAGCUGGUCAAGUGCAAAAUACAGGUCCCCGUCUCUGCGCCUGUCGGCCCAGGUGGAAUAGCAAGCAAGGCACCGACACCCCUUAGUGUCAUCCGGGAAGUCUUCCAUCACCAAGGCAUCCGCGGUUUCUGGCAUGGACAGCUGGGGACACUGAUCCGGGAAACUGGCGGCUGUGCAGCAUGGUUCGGCAGCAAGGAAUCCGUCACCCUCCUCUUCCGCCAUCUCAAUUCCCAAACCUCCAACUCCACAUCUCCUCCAAACACCAAACAAGGCCAAACCUUCGACCUUACGCCGCUUCCCCUCUGGCAGCAAGCCGUAGCCGGUGCCUCCGCAGGCAUGUCUUACAACUUCCUCUUCUUCCCAGCCGACACCAUAAAAUCACGCAUGCAGACUAGCGCCAUCUCCCCCGGCGCGGUACCCCUUAAAUUCCGUCAGGAGGGUAUGGCCAUAUGGAAGCAGUACGGCCUUAAGGGGCUGUAUAGGGGAUGCGGGAUCACGGUUGCUAGAAGUGCGCCUAGCUCGGCUUUUAUUUUUAUUAUUUUUGACGCAAUGAAGGAACAUUUCCACUUGGGUUGA